GCAACGCGUUCGGGCGGCGUUCAGGGCAACGUUCAGGGCGACGUUCAGGGCGCGUUCGGGCGACGUUCAGGGCAACGUUCAGGGCGACGUUCAGGGCAACGUUCAGGGGCAACGUUCAGGGCGGCGUUCGGGGCGACGUUCACGUUCGGGGCGUUCAGGGCAACGUUCAGGGCGGCGUUCAGGGCAACGUUCGGGGCGCGUUCAGGGGUUCAGGGCGGCGUUCAGGGCGCGUUCAGGGGCGUUCGGGCGCGUUCAGGGCACGUUCAGGGCGCGUUCAGGGCGACGUUCAGGGCGGCGUUCAGGGCACGCGUUCAGGGGGCGGCGUUCAGGGCGACGCGUUCGUUUGGGCAUCGGGCGGCGUUCAGGGCGCGUUCGGGCUGGCGGGGCGGCGUUCAGGGCGGCGUUCAGGGGGUUCAACGUUCGGGGCAGCGUUCAGGGCAACGUUCAGGGCAACGUUCAGGCGCGUUCAGGGGGCGUUCAGGGCAACGUUCAGGGCGACGUUCAGGGCAACGUUCAGGGCAACGUUCAGGGCAACGUUCAGGGCGACGUUCAGGGACGUUCAGGGCGAGGGCGGCGUUCGGGGCGUUCAGGGCGGCGUUCAGGGUGGCGUUCGGCGGGCUGGCGUUCAGGGCAAGCGUUCAGGGCGACGUUCGUUCAGGGCAACGUUCAGGGCAACGUUCAGGGCAACGUUCGGGGGGCGGCGUUCAGGGGACGUUCAGGGCAACGUUCGGGGCGACGUUCAGGGCGACGUUCAGGGCAACGUUCAGGGCGACGUUCAGGGCAACGUUCAGGGCGACGUUCAGGGCAACGUUCAGGGCCACGUUCAGGGGCGUUCAGGGCAACGUUCGGGGGCGACGUUCAUGGCGGCGUUCAGGCAACGCGUUCAGGGCGACGUUCGAGGCAACGUUCAGGGCGGCGUUCAGGGCAGCGUUCGGGGCGGCGUUCAUGGCGUUCAGGGCGGCGUUUCGUUCAGGCGGCGUUCAGGGCAACGUUCGGGCGUGGCGGCGUUCAGGGCAACGCGUUCAGGCGACGUUCAGGGCAACGUUCAUGGCGGCGUUCGGGCGACGUUCAGGGCGACGUUGCGUUCGUUCGGGGCGGCGUUCAUGGCGGCGUUCAGGGCGACGUUCAGGGCAACGUUCGGGCGACGUUCAGGGCAACGUUCGGGGCGACGUUCGGGGCAACGUUCGGGGCGACGUCGGGGCCACGUUCAGGGGGCGACGUCACUGGUCUUCUAG